AUUAUUUCAUUUGUUCCAGUGUAAAUACAUUGACUUGCUAAUCAAAAAACAAAAAAAAAACAACAAAAAAUGUAAUAUACAUGCAUAUACCACCCUGCGCCUCAACCGUUGAGGAAAAUGAACAGUCAGAGUGAUGGGAGGAGGCCGAUGGGCCUAUGUCCUAGGUCUCCAUCAAGACCGACGAGAAAACCCCUGCCAAAAGUCUCCAAUUCUGCGUCGCGACAUUCAGUCAUUCCACUGUCGCCAUCACCCUUUCCCCCAUUAAUGCCUCAUGCUGACCGAACAUCUGACCCGCGUCCAGACUCGGAUCCCCGUCAGGAAAGUUGGCCAGCAGUUGCAUCAUCAAGUUCAUCAAUGGAGUCCCCCGAAGAGAUGUGUGGAAUGACGCCGAAGGCCCGCCACGUUAUAAUGGUCUAUGGGAUCCUGUUCAUCCUUCUGGGAAGCGCGUUCGCCCAGCUUCUGACCCUUCGCUACCUAGACUUCGACAUCGGGAAAGUGGUGAACAAAGCCGUGGCCAGCACCACGUGGAUGUUGAUGGCGCUGGUCUGCUUCCUGAUCCUCGCCUGCGUGAACAUGACCAACACGUGCCCGAUCAACUACCUACUGGCCCUCGUCAUAGUGGAGGCUGUGGUGUUCUUCACGGCCUGCGACCGCUGGAGCAAGAUUACCUUUGACUGGGGCGUAGGCAUUAUUACCGUCGUCGUGGUGAUCAACAUUGUGCUCCAUGUCUUGGGAAUAUUAAUGCCGCUAAAGCUACAGCCCGGAGCUGUGUCCGUAUUGACUAUAACCAUACUGUACAGCAUCAUUGUGGGCACCAUUUUUAUUAUCGUCUACCUUAAUGGCAACAUCUACAUGCUGCGGUACUUUUCGAUGGUGAGUCUGGCAUUUGCGUGCCUCAUAGUCCAGUUCACGGUCACCGUGGUCUACCAAAGGCGAAAAGAUUUUCUAACCCGGAACGACUACGUCCUGCAGGCCACAAUCCUGGCCUUUCUAUGUGUUUAUAUGUGUCAUGCUUCCAUUGUAAUGGUUCGCUUCGGUAAGUUUUUGGUGGAUCAAGUUUAGGAACUAGGUCCAGACACCAUAAUGCCACUUAAUUAUAUUUUUGAAUAGUACACCAUGUAGAGCAUUAAA